GUUUCGUUUCACCGCCAGUUGAAUUGAGCGGAUAAGUGAGUGCAAUCGCCGGAAUUGAGAACUCGGCCAAUUAAUCAGUCGAGUAAAUUUCAUUAAACAGCUCAAUUCACACACACACACACGAAAUGGAGCCCACCGAGAAGGCCGUCGUCGUUGCCCGGAAGCGCCCUGCCGAGAGAAAGACCAACAAGUUUGUGCUGUUGCUGCGUCCGGUCGAAACGUUCAUGAAAAAUUUCCUAGCCCACGGUGCCCUGCACGGGAUCACGUACCUGGGAAUGUCCCUGCUGCACGGGAUCGAGAAGCUGAUGUGGCUGGCACUGAUCAUGAUCGCGGUUUACUUUUGCGGACUGUUGAGCCUGGAGUCGUGGGAGCGGUUCCAAACCAAGAGUACCGUGGUGACGAUCGAGAAGGAUCACUACUACUGGAACAUUUCGAUGCCCAGCUUGACGAUCUGUCCGAUGAACCGGAUUGAUGAGAAGCUGUUUCAUCAGUUUUGUGACAAAAACUACAUCCAUGACUCUGAAGAAAAAGAGGAACUGUUUGCGUUCAUCGAAUCGCUAGCAAAUUCAACCUACAUGAACUUUGGCAACAUCAAGGGAUCACAAAACGUAGAUCGCAUUCUCUCGAUGCUACGGAUUCAACCGAAGGACUACAUGUCCCUAAUCGCAAACCUGACGGAGGACCUGACGCGUCGGGAUGACCAGGAGCUGCGAGUGCGCAGCCAAAACAACCUCGAGUACAUCCGGACGAUGCAAACGCUGACCGAGUACGGCAUCUGCUACACCACCAACAACCUGAUUGCACCGAACCUAACGACCAGUCAGCUGCUCAGAGGACAUCCCCCGGAGGAGGACUAUUUCUAUCGGAACCACAAACUACACGAUGUGCGCUUCGGGAACCUGUUCGACGGGGACGUCACCUACAGCUUCAUCGGAUUCGAUACGCCCAUUUCGGUGUUCUAUCACAGCCCGUACGAGAUGAUGAACAUCGCGCGGUACCAGCCGUACUCGAAGGAAGCGUACGAAUUUGAAGCAUAUUCGAUCGAAAUUGUCACGGGCGCGGACUUCCAGGAUGACACCUCAGUCUCGCAACGUGCCUGUCGCUUCAGCUUCGAGUCCAACCUGACCCAUUACGGAAUCUACACCAAAGGAAUCUGCCUCCAGGAAUGUCGACUCAAGAUGGCCUACCAGCACUGCGGCUGCAUUCCACACUUCUACCCCAACAACAUACCCCACCCGAAGCCGGUCUGCGAUUACAAAACGCUGCGGGCAUGCUUUCCCAAGCACGAGGAGCUUUUCCUGGAGUUUCGCGAGAACGCCAAGUCGGUCAACUGCUACUGUGAGCAAAACUGCGUCGACUCCAAGGUGGUUAUCGAGAAGAUGCAGAUCCUAACCGGCACUCGCAAGCUACUGGGCAGCAACGGAGGUCUCGUUAUAAUGAAACGCUAUCCGUUGAUUCGUUUCAACCGACAAGUGCUCUUCACAUUCACCGAUCUAUUGGCUUUCUUCCGUUUUCCGUUUUUCUUUGCAGUUUCCAUCGGUGGAACGGCCGGCUUCUUUCUGGGCUUCAGCGUCCUCGGGGCGGUGGAAAUUAUCUACUUCUUCACCCUGCGGCUGAUCUGGUACAUCCUUGGUCGGCGCUAGUUGGAGCCAAGGAGGAUGGUAAUACUGGAACGGUCAAACCUGAAAACCCAAGCUGCGUGUCCUGAGAGUCGGCAAGGAUUCAAUGAGGAUUUAUAAAUAUUAAGGAA